AUGUCUGCACCACCACCAUCUCUUGCCGCGGGCGCAUCUGCAGAGGUUCAGGCGGCAGCUUUCGCCGAUGAUCCACGGAUCUACUUUUCUAAAACAGCCAAUACAUGGCGCUUUGAGCAAGACGAUGGUACAGAAUUGGAGUUUGACGCCGGAAAGAACGCUUGGGUACCUUUGGUGGACGACGAGGCCAUAUCUCGCCAACAGGCAGCAUAUUCGGUAGCUGGUGUGGAUGAAGAGACGCCCGCAGCGCCGGUGCUGAAGAGAAAUAAAAAGCGCAAGGCCGAAGAGGAUUAUACAUCCGCAAAUCCAUCCAACUCAGCCGCGAUCUCCAUCAAGCGAGGCAAGAACGACAAGAAAGAUAUGCCCGCAACGGAACGAAAGUCAAAAAAUACUGCCGUAUAUGUUACCGGGCUCCCCCCCGACACUGAACAAGAUGAGAUAGUCGAAGUUUUCUCUAAAUGUGGCGUUAUCGAAGAAGACGAGGACGGCGAACCCAAGGUUAAGAUGUACGCUAGAGAAGAUGGAUCGUUUAGUGGAGAGGCGCUUGUCGUCUAUUUCAAAGAGGAUUCUGUCACUCUCGCUUUGACAAUUCUGGACGAUUCUGAACUGAGACUCGGACAACCACACACUGUUAUUAAGGUCACCAAAGCUGAUUUCGCGCAUAAGACAGCAGCUCCAGGGCAGGAACACAAGCCUAGGAAGACAGUGGAUAAGAAGAAAAUAACUAAACGCCUAGGUAAAAUGCAGAGGAAGAUUGAUGAGUGGGGUGACGACGACGGUUUUGGACCAAUGCCUGAUCCCGUUGAAGACACUGCUACCUCGGCAAAGAGUCGAGUUGUUGUUUUGAAGCAUAUGUUUUCACCCAAGGACAUAGAAGAAGAUGCCUCGCUGCUACUUGACCUGAAGGAAGACGUCCGAGAGGAAUGUUCUUCCCUCGGAGAAGUGACGAAUGUUGUUCUUUAUGACCUUGAAAAGGAGGGGAUAAUGACGGUCAAAUUCAGAGAUCCCAUCGCUGCGCAGGCAUGCGUUUUGAAAAUGGACGGUCGUUACUUCGACAAACGACGUAUUGAGGCAUCCUUAUUCUCAGGGAGGCAACGAUUCAAACGCAGUGGCGCGGGAGAAGAUCUCGGCGGCGACAGUGAAGAGGCGGAGAAGAAACGUCUGGAUGACUUUGCGCAGUGGUUACUGACGGAAGGAGACUAA